AAAGAAGGCGGCAUUUAGAAUAUUGUACAGUAUGUGCUACACAAGUCGAUAAUGUAAUGUUAGAAACCUGGUUCAAAUUAUCAGGUUGAGCACCACGGUGCAGCAUAAUCCGAAAUUCCGGUGUACCGUUGGUAUUCGUAUAGGUGAACUUACUUGGCUACUUGCAAAAUAAUGGAAUCGGGAAUAAGUUUGCUUGCCGUUGUUUGUUGCUGCCUAUGGUUGAUAGCGUUAUGUGGUGUGUCGGAAUCCCGAAGCAAUUUUAUGUUGGGCAAAUAUCGGGGCAGCGCAAAGGGGCAGCCAGCAAGGAACCGAUUUACUCAGAACACUGGUGACCUUCCGCCUGACCAAUAUUUCGAGCAACAAUUGAACCAUUUUAAUGAAGCUGAUAACAGAACAUGGCAACAGCGCUUUUUCGUAAACGACAAAUACUACAAGCCGGGUGGUCCUGUUUUUGUGAUGAUCGGUGGAGAAGGACCGGAAAAUCCAAUCUGGAUGGUCGAAGGGCAGUGGAUUCGGUGGGCGGAAAAAUUUAACGCAUUAUGCUUCAAUUUGGAACAUCGUUUUUACGGCAAAAGUCAUCCCACACCAGACUUAUCCACGGAGAAUUUACGAUUUUUAAGUAGCGAGCAGGCAUUAGCCGAUCUGGCUAAUUUUAUUACCAACCAGACUGCGUCGCGGGGUAUAAAAAAGCCGAAAGUCAUCACCUUCGGCGGUUCGUAUCCCGGCAGUUUGUCGGCGUGGUUCAGAUCGAAGUAUCCCCACAUUGUGCAUGCUGCCAUCUCGUCCAGCGCACCGGUUGUAGCGGUGGAAGAUUUCACGCAGUACUUAGAAGUUGUGAAAAAUUCGCUGGCGCGCUUUAGUCCGCAGUGUGUGGAUAACGUUGCCGCCGCGAGUGCCCAGUUGGAAGAGGCUUUGCAGAAGCCGGUCAGUACAAAAAAACUGCAAACCCAGUUUCAGUUAUGCACGCCGAUUGAUGUUACGGUGAAGAAGGACGUGCAGAAUCUGGUAGAAUCACUGGCCGGGAAUUUCGAAGGCGUAGUGCAGUACAAUCGCGAUAAUCGAGCUUUCGAAGGAGCACUGGCUACCAAUAUUACCAUUGAGACAUUAUGUGAUAUUAUGGGCGAUACGAGCAAAGGAACGGCUCUCGAGCGAUAUGCCCAAGUGAACGCCUUGCUGCUCAAUGCAUACGAGCAAAAAUGCCUGAAUUUUACGUAUCAGUCCUUUUUGGAUCCAUUGUUGGAUGUGCAGUGGUCGGAUUCGACUAGUGAAGGAGGUCGCCAGUGGACCUAUCAAACGUGCACGGAAUUUGGCUUUUUUCAAACAUCCGAUUCGGCUUCACAACCGUUUUCUUCGAUGUUCCCUCUAAAAUUUUUCGUGGACCAGUGUAAAGAUCUGUUUAACAUUAGCGAGCCGGUUUUACAACGUGGUAUACAAAGCACAAACCUGUAUUAUGGCGGCUUGGAUUUGCAUACGGAGCGGGUAAUGUUUGUCAACGGAGACAUCGAUCCAUGGCAUGCGCUGGGCAUCACCAGAAAACACGGACAUGAUUCCCCGGCGAUUUUAAUUAAAGGAGCCGCACACUGCGCUGAUAUGUAUCCGUCUCGCGAUGAAGAUAUUCCCGAACUGGUAUUAUCCAGACUGAUCAUCGAGUACUUCCUGGAAAAAUGGAUAGUUCUCUGAGUGAUUAGGAUUUAGGAUUGACAUUGUGUGAUUAAAUUCUCUUUUCUGUUGUGAUUUGUUCGGACCAACCUUUGUGGGUUGUUGUAGUUCCUAUUUUUGUAUAAGCAAAAUUUUUUAAUUGUUGUCACCGUUUUGUAAAGUUACCGGGAAUGACAAUUUCCGCAACUAAAACCGAUAUCGUG